CGUGUUGUGACUGAUGCACUAAUGUCAAGAUGUUUUCGUGAUAUUAAAUUUUCUUCCGUUCUAUAUUAUAUUGCAUACUUUAAUCUAAAAGUAAAUUAAAAAUCGCUUAAAUGGUUUUAAUUGUCACGUUUCGUAAUUCAAACUUAAAAAAUUAUUUCCUAUUCUUAAACUUAUCAGAUAGAAUUAAUUAUUUGUCAAAUCUUGCUUUUGUACCAAAGUCUGAACCAGUAAAACCAGAAGAAGUAAAUUUACUCAAACAGUUUUUACACAACUGUGGAAGAAUAUGUGUUAUAACAGGAGCUGGAGUAUCAACUGAAAGUGGAAUUCCUGAUUAUAGAUCAGAAGGUGUUGGCUUAUUUGCUACGAGUGAUCGUAGACCAGUCAAAUACCAAGAUUUUUGUAGAAGUGAUGCAACUAGGAAGAGAUAUUGGGCAAGAAAUUAUGUAGCUUGGCCAAGAUUUUCAUUAUUUAAGCCAAAUUUUACUCAUAAUUGGUUAAAACAUAUGGAAGAUAUUGGAAAAGUCAGCUGCGUCAUAACACAAAAUGUUGAUAGUUUACAUAUAAAAGCUGGUAGUAAGAAUGUCAUUGAGUUACAUGGAACUGGUUAUAGAGUAAUGUGCCUUAGCUGUGAUAAGAAAAUCAAUAGGUUCGAAUUUCAGAAUAUCCUAGAUCAACUAAAUCCUAAUAUGAAAACCAGCUAUGAAAUAAUACGACCAGAUGGAGAUGUAGAUCUUACGCAGGAACAAACUGACAAUUUCAUAAUUCCAUCAUGCUCAAACUGUGGAGGAGUACUAAAACCAGAUAUAGUAUUUUUUGGUGAUAAUGUACCUAAGAUAAUUGUUGAUCAAGUGAAUAAUGAAGUUGAACAAGCAGAUGCAUUGCUUGUACUAGGAACUUCUUUGAGUACUUUCUCUGGAUACAGAAUUAUUCUACAAGCUACAGAGGCUGAGAAACCUAUUGCAAUAGUAAAUAUAGGGACUACAAGAGGCGAUGAAUAUGCUCAUUUAAAAGUUCGUGGUAGAUGUGGAGAAAUUCUUUCUAUGCUUAAAUCGUAAUAUGUCAAACGUAAUUUCGGUUAAAUCGGUAUUUAUAAACAACAAGAGCUAUUGUAUAAUAACCACAACUUUAAAUCUAUAUAAGAUACUUUUACUUAUAACGCUAUUUACCCUAUAACGUUAUAUGGAAGUUUCACUGAUUUACGUUGUAUUUUCGAAUACGAAAUUCAUUUUAUAGGAAUUAUUUUAUACUUUGGAUACCCAAAUUCACUAAUUUUUCGAAAUUCUCGGGUAAUAGAAGUCAUUUUAUCUAAAAUAAUAUAUCUAAAUAUAAACUUGCGAUAUAUCAUUCAAUUCAUAAUGCUUUACCUUAAGCGUGUAAGUAAACCAAAUUCAUCUAUGAUUUUAAUUUAAGUUAAACCUUGUAAAAUAACUCAUAUAUACUGCCAUAGAUACUGUCAAAUCGAAAUAGUGCAACGGCAUAUCUAAAAAAAAUAAUUGCUCAGGUUUGAAACGAAACUACAUAUAUUGAAAAAUUUAUUCAUAGUAAAAAGUUAUUUUUAAUUUUAGUAACUUUCAGGGAUAGUAAGUGGAAUGUUAUAUUAAAUGUUAUUUGUGUAAAUCUUGUUAAGGAUUAAUCUUAAUUUUUUGAAAUGUUAAGACUUACUUUUAUCGACAAUAUUUGACAAACUAAAGUACAAAUAAUUGUAAGUGCACAUAUAUUUUAAAAAUCAUUGAAAACUAAUUUCCAAUACAACUGAUAGAAAAAUUGAUUGUUGUAAUAAUAACCUCCACGUCUUUCAAAUGCCUUCAGUAUUUUACAAACUAGAUAAAUAGACGCAUAAACACAUUUAUAAGAGAAAAAAGAAUAAUACAAGUGAACUAAGUUCUACUCGUAAUCUACGAAGACUGUCUAUAAGAUAAUCCAGCUCUUGAGGGCAAGUAAAAUAUCAAUCUAUUAUUAUAGCCAUUAUUAUAGGAUAUGAAUAUCUUCUGAAAUAUAUAUCAAUCAAAGGUAACAAUACAGUCAAAAACAUCAAAAGAAUUUUCAACCACUAUCAAUAGUUUCAAUUGUGAUUUUGAUUACAACUAUGGACAUCAGGCGCACUUCACGCACUCUCAUCGCUUUUUUAUUCUUGUCAUAUUAAUUCAAAUAUUUAAUUGGAUCACUUUUUUCAAAGUUGGAUUUUUCAAUUUUUUUACAAAAUACAUCACAGCGGUAAAAUGUUUAUUAGUAAAACAGUUCCGCAUAUUCUAAAUUCAUGAUUUAUCAUAUCAAAAACUGCUAUAAAUAAUCUUUAGUUCUUUUCAACUAUACGGAUCAAAUUCCUAUUGAACAUUUAUCCCAUUCUUUAAAUAAAUAUUGCGACAUUACAACAUUUAUU